CGAAGCUGUUUGUUUUUGACACUUGGAGAGUGAGGAGCCCAGGGGCUGCUGUGUUUUGUGAAGACACCUGGACAUACCUGGACCCCAGUUCCUAAAGAGAAAAUGGGGCACGGCAUGACUCAUAUGACUCUAAAAUGUACUCUGAAUCCAUAUUAUAUUUGUACCCAUUCCAAGGUCGCCUUCCGAUAGCGCUAUCGUUCAGGACACCAUUUUUUCGAAGCCUAGUUCGGCCAGUGGUCGGUCAUGGGAGAUCCAAUCCUCCAAGUCCAGAGGGUGUGGGAACUGGCGGCUCAAAGCAGGGGGGUUUGGGGCGCAUCUCAAGAGAAGCAUGUCCACUGUUGAAGACAGAUCAAGUUUCAUCAAACAGAAAGUGGUUUUAUAUGUUUUUGUGAUGUAUAACGUCACAUGACCAUUUUGCGAGGAAACUGCUGCACAGGGACACUACAGACCACAAGUGCAAAAAAUAUGUGUUUGAAGGGCAUAAAUUCACGGAAGAGUGGCUUCCACCAGUGUCCAUGUCGAACAUAUUGCGUUGUGAAAGACCGUUGUUUCGUGUUUUCAAGCCAGGACCCUCGAUUUUCCGCGAGGAGGAGCAUCGAUCGCUGCAAGUGCUUGGACUGGAAAUCGUUUGUCUAUGCCAUUGGUGAGAAGUUGAAAGAAAUGGCCGAUGCCACGUUGCGGACCGCUGGGAGCGCCGCGCUGACGCCCCGGGAGAUCGGGCUCACGCUGACCACCCCGCGACAGCCGUCAGGGCCGGCGCCCACGAAGGUGUCGAAGGUGCGGCCGAAUGCCUUCCGUCAGACGGCUGCUUUGGGCUUUCUGGAUGAGAAACUGCACCUUCAAUCUGCCGAGGAUCGGCCCUGCACCCGGGAUUUGCUCUACCGCGGCGUCAGCGCCGACGGCCAUGGCCGCAAAGAGUACUUGCAAAGGCGCACCAGGUAUGAGAUUCAUGACCGCUAUGACAAGCCUCAGACGGAGGCGCAGUUGAUGAGCUUGAGUUUGCGGAUGAACCCUUCGGCUUUGCGGCCGCCAUCCUUCGGGAAGAAGCCCAUCGUCGCGAACACGUUCUACCGGACGCGGGGUGCUGGGAGCUUUCAAGAAGCCACUGCAGACAUCUGAGCCACGUGGCACGCGCAGAUCUUCCGCGCGUGGCACGGGCAGGCUCCUGGCGCCUCGCGUGGCCUCACAUGGUGCCGUUGUUGGAGGGGUCGGGAGGCGAAGCUGAGCAGAGAUUCAAUGCGGAUUUGGAUGAAUAGCAACCUCAAAAUGGAUUCUAUUCCAAAAUGUGUCAAGGCAAUCAUCUGCGGAGUUGACUGGUCGUAGUACCCUUUUUUCGACCACAUGUAGUUGUAACUCUGUCA